AUGGAGAGCCCAAUGUUUUCGAAGUACUCAUGGCUUGAUUUUCUUUUCUCGGUAGUCGGUGUGUGUACUUUCUUGUUUGACGUGGGAUCCGACAUUUGGGUCGCUACGGAGUUCUACUCGCGUGGGGAUUUCUUCUGGUUCGGAGUGUUGAUCGGCCUCAUGGUCCUGUCUUCGGUCGUGGUCCAGAUGUUUAGCUGGUUCUGGUUCAAAUACGACCGGGAGCUGGAGGGUUUCGAUGAGCAAACUGCCAAGAAUGUCCUCUUGGGAGGCUGCAUCAAACUUUCAUUCCUGCUACAUGUACUUCAGCUCGGAUUUUUUUGCAGGUAGCUAACUUUUUAUUUUGAUCAGAGAAGUUAGUAAAAUAAAUAAAAAUAAAUUGGUCAUUUAGCAGAGGGGUUAAGUGCCUUGCUCAAGGACAGAUUUUUCACCUAGUCGGUUUUUGCUUGGGGAUUAGAACCAGCGACCUUUCAGGUUACUGGUACAACGCUCUUAACCACUAAGCUACCUGCCGCCAUAAACACUUGCAUGCACGUGAUUCUCAUGUGGAUGUUUGUCAACGACACCCUGUUUUAUCACAGUGUACUAGAGAUGCGUAUACGAUUUCAUAUUUGGUCAAAAAUGUUUUUGCUUACUGGAGUGUAGUCAUAAUCUCUUCUAACUGAUUUAACAUAUUGGGAUAAUGCUUUUUAUGGCGAAUUUAGUUGAUGUUUCUAUAAUAAAUGAUGGGAAAUAAAAUUUGAUUGAUUUGAUAUAUAAUAAUAACUAUAAUUUCCUCUGCAGGUUUUAUGUAGCCUAUAGAAAUGGAUUUCCUAAGCCAUCUUUCCAAAUAAGAGAAAUACAUGUCAGGGAGUUCCCAUUUGUCAUGUUAAUACUGAGGCUCACAGAGCAGCUCAUGCACAGCUAAUAACAUUUGACUUGUGUAGAAACCAUCAAGUGACCACCCUGUUUUGUCAGCUGUGUAGCCAAAGCCAGUGUGCUGUGUAGAAACCAUCAUGUGACCACCCUGUUUUGUCAGCUGUGUAGCCAAGGCCAGUGUGCUGUGUAAAGAACCAUCAUGUGACCACCCUGUUUUGUCAGCUGUGUAGCCAAAGCCAGUGUGCUGUGUAGAAACCAUCAUGUGACCACCCUGUUUUGUCAGCUGUGUAGCCAUAGCCAGUGUGCUGUGUAGAAACCAUCAUGUGACCACCCUGUUUUGUCAGCUGUGUAGCCAAGGCCAGUGUGCUGUGUAGAAACCAUCAUGUGACCACCCUGUUUUGUCAGCUGUGUAGCCAAGGCCAGUGUGCUGUGUAGAAACCAUCAUGUGACCACCCUGUUUUGUCAGCUGUGUAGCCAAGGCCAGUGUGCUGUGUAGAAACCAUCAUGUGACCACCCUGUUUUGUCAGCUGUGUAGCCAUAGCCAGUGUGCUGUGUAGAAACCAUCAUGUGACCACCCUGUUUUGUCAGCUGUGUAGCCAAGGCCAGUGUGCUGUGUAGAAACCAUCAUGUGACCACCCUGUUUUGUCAGCUGUGUAGCCAUAGCCAGUGUGCUGUGUAGAAACCAUCAUGUGACCACCCUGUUUUGUCAGCUGUGUAGCCAAGGCCAGUGUGCUGUGUAGAAACCAUCACGUGACCACCCUGUUUUGUCAGCUGUGUAGCCAAAGCCAGUGUGCUGUGUAGAAACCAUCAUGUGACCACCCUGUUUUGUCAGCUGUGUAGCCAUAGCCAGUGUGCUGUGUAGAAACCAUCAUGUGACCACCCUGUUUUGUCAGCUGUGUAGCCAAAGCCAGUGUGCUGUGUAGAAACCAUCACGUGACCACCCUGUUUUGUCAGCUGUGUAGCCAAGGCCAGUGUGCUCUGUCUUGACAACCUCACUCCCUACCUACACAGAUGAUAAGUUGCCAAGUGGAAGACAUAUUUUAGAAUGAGGUAAAUAGGCCUAUGUCUACACCCUGUUCUCUGGCAAUGACGGGUGUGUCUAUUUGUUUAUUGCUGCUUAGUAACACACAAGAUGGGAAUUAAAACUAUUUAGGUCGUGGUAUAAGGACCUUACAGUUUGGUCAACUUACUGCCCAUCUACACAGAUGAUAAGUUAGCUAAGUGGAAUACAUUUUUGGAAUGAUGUCCAUGUUCUAUUGUCCUUGGCAGGUGUUUUCCUGUUGUUGAUUGCUGCUCCUACUAACAGAUAGUGUUUGUUCACAGACACAUCUCAGCCAUAUGGCAGGGCUUCUGUGUGUGGUGGCGGAGGGAGCAGGGCUCGGGGUUCGCCGUGUACCUGACCCACGACCUGAGCAUGCUGCGCCUCAUCGAGACCUUCUGUGAGAGCGCACCGCAGCUCACCCUCAUGACCCACAUCAUGCUGCACACCAACGAGGCCAGGACGGUACAGUGUGAGUUGCUGUCACCUCUACACAGUACACACACCUCUACACACACCAACAAGGCCAGGACGGUACAGUGUGAGUUGCUGUCACCUCUACACCUGGGGGGGGUUCAUCCCAAAUGGCACCCUAUUCCUUUUAUAGUGCACUACUUUUGAGCAGGGCCCAUAGGGUUCUGGUCUAAAGUAGUUGGACCAAAUAGGGAAUAGGGUACCAUUUGAGACACUUCCCUGUUAUUCUGGACACCAGACUGGAGUAGAAUGCACCACUGAUGCUGUACACCAAGGGUCCAUAAUUACAUUCAGCAGCAGGCUGAGUUCUUUUCUUGAGCGGAUGGUCGGGGCCGGGCCGGAACAUAUUUAUGACUACAUUUUACACUGCAAAUGGACUGCAAGAAGCCCAAACAGAUACAGGGAAAUACGAUCACAUAGUAUGGCAUAAUCACACACUAUGCCUCUCAAUGUGUGGAAAUAUUUGGGAACAGAUUCCCUCAAUAAAAAUAACUUUAGAUGAGUUCCUGGUGAUUUUACGGUAAUUUAUGUCCAAAAGUAUUUAAAAACACACAACAACAACAAAAAAUUGCUCACAAAACUUGGGGGGGGGGGGUUAAAUAAAAUCACCCAUAGGCUGAAUUUGGCCCUCAGGCCACCUAUUGGGGAACCCUGCUAUAGGUUAUUGAGAAGUGUAAAUAAGUUCCUCAUACCAUUAUUGUGGCCCUCAGUGAGUUUUUAGAAUAGUUUACACAAGGUGUUAGUUACACAUUGAGGUUACACACCAUUUUUUCUCUCUAUAUCUCAUUUAAAUUGAGUACAGGCUUAACUGAAUGACAACAGAGACAGAAUACAAUAUGGAAUUUGAUUGAAUAGUUUGGGGUAGGCCUUGUCUCAGAGGAAUGCUCCUCAGAGCCAUAUGCUGAUGACAGGUUGCCCUAUGCUGGGCAGAACGGGGAUCCGAUAACGGGCCUUCAGUUGGUGGUGGAAGGUCGUUUGAAGACCGUUACUGCUAACAGCAAGUGGGAGACACAAGGUUUGAAUUGACAUAAAUACUCCCCAAAGAUUCAUGCCCAUUGGUUGAAGGAAAGGAAAGUGAUUACGAGUGAGCCCAUAGGUUAAUCAGCAAACGUGGUGGAAUUGCCUUAGUGUGCCAUGCUCAUAGGCUGAAGUUAAUAGGUAAAGGCCAUUCCGCACACUUGCUAAUAGUAAAGGAGGAGGAAAGACAUGACACUAUGCUGAUGAGGUAACAUUAUUACACUUCCAUAUAUAGUUGGAAGUCGGAAGUUUACAUACACUUAGGUUGGAGUCAUUAAAACUUGUUUUUCAACCACUCCACAAAUUUAUUGUUAACAAACUAUAGUUUUGGCAAGUCGGUUUAGGACAUCUACUUUGUGCAUGACACAAGUAAUUCUUCCAACAAUUGUUUACAGACAGAUUAUUUCACUUAUAAUUCACUGUAUCACAAUUCCAGUGGGUCAGAAGUUUACACUAAGUUGACUGUGCCUUUAAACAGCUUGGAAAAUUCCAGAAAAUAAUGUAAUGGCUUUAGAAGCUUCUGAUAGGCUAAUUGACAUAAUUUGAGUGAAUUGGAGGUGUACCUGUGGAUGUAUUUCAAGGCCUACCUUCAAACUCAGUGCCUCUUUGCUUGACUUCAUGGGAAAAUCAAAAGAAAUCAGCCAAGACCUCAUAAAAUAAAAUUGUAGACCUCCACAAGUCUGGUUCAUCCUCGGGAGCAAUUUCCAAAAGCCUGAAGGUACCACGUUCAUCUGUACAAACAAUAGUACGCAAGUAUAAACACCAUGGGACCAUGCAGCCGUCAUACCGCUCAGGAAGGAGACGCGUUCUGUCUCCUGAAGAGAAACGUACUUUGGUGUGAAAAGUGCUAAUCAAUCCCAGAACAACAGCAAAGGACCUUGUGAAGAUGCUGGAGGAAACAGGUACAAAAGUAUCUAUAUCCACAGUAAAACAACUCCUAUAUCGAUAUAACCUGAAAGGCCGCUCCAAAACCGCCAUAAAAAAGCCAGACUACGGUUUGCAACUGCACAUGGGGACAAAGAUCGUACUUUUUGGAGAAAUGUCCUCUGGUCUGAUGAAGCAAAAAUAGAACUGUUUGGCCAUAUUGACCAUUGUUAUGUUUGGAGGUAAAAGGGGGGCUUGCAAGCCGAAGAACACCAUCCCAACCGUGAAGCACGGGGGUGGCAGCAUCAUGCUGUGGGGGUGCUUUGCUGCAGGAGGGCCUGGUGCACUUCACAAAAUAGAUGGCAUCAUGAGGAAGGAAAAUGAUGUGGAUAUAUUGAAGCAACAUCUCAAGACAUCAGUCAGGAAGUUAAAGCUUGGUCGCAAAUUGGUCUUCCAAAUGGACAAUGACCCCAAGCAUACUUCCAAAGUUGUGGCAAAAUGGUUUAAGGACAACAAAGUCAAGUAAUUGGAGUGGCCAUCACAAAGCUCUGACCUCAAUCCCAUAUAACAUUUGUGGGCAGAACUGAAAAAGCGUGUGCGAGCAAGGAGGCCUACAAACCUGACUCAGUUACACCAGCUCUGUCAGGAGGAAUGGGCCAAAAUUCACCCAACUUAUUGUGGGAAGCUUGUGGAAGGCUCCUCGAAACGUUUGACCCAAGUUUAACUAUUUAAAGGCAAUGCUACCAAAUACUAAUUGAGUGUAUGUAAACUUCUGACCCACUGGAAAUGUGAUGAAAGAAAUAUAAGCUAAAAUAAAUAAUUAUCUUUACUAUUAUUCUGACAUUUCACAUUCUUAAAAUAAAGUGGUGAUCCUAACUGACCUAAUACAGGGAUUUUUUACUCGGAUGAAAUGUCAGGAAUUGUGGAAAAACUGAGUUUAAAUGUAUUUGGGUAAGGUGUAUGUAAACUUCCGACUUCAACUGUACCUGCUAUGCUUAUGAGGUAACGUUAUAAUCAUUACCAUAAAUAUAUUAUAUGCUAAUGAGGUAACAUUAGAAUGACUACCCUAUAAAUACCGGCUAUACUGAUGAAGUAACAUUAUAAUGACUACCCUAUAAAUACCGGCUAUACUGAUGAGGUAACAUUAUAAUGACUACCCUAUAAAUACCGGCUAUACUGAUGAGGUAACAUUAUAAUGAACUACCCUAUAAAUACCGGCUAUACUUGAUGAGGUAACAUUAUAAUUGACUACCCUAUAAAUACCGGCUAUACUGAUGAGGUAAACAUUAUAAUGACUACCCUAUAAAUACCUGGCUAUACUGAUGAGGUAACAUUAUAAUGACUACCCUAUAAAUACCGCUAUACUGAUGAGGUAACAUUAUAAUGACUACCCUAUAAAAUAACCGGCUAUACUGAUGAGGUAACAUUAUAAUGACUACCCUAUAAAUACGGCUAUACUAAUGAGGUAACAUUAUAAUGACUACCCUAUAAAUACCGGCUAUACUGAUGAGUAACAUAUAAGGAUACCCAUAUAAAUACCGGGCUAUACUACUACCCUAUAAAUACCGGCUAUACUGAUGAGGUAACAUUAUAAUGACUACCCUAUAAAUACCGGCUAUACUGAUGAGGUAACAUUAUAAUGACUACCCUAUAAAUACCGGCUAUACUGAUGAGGUAACAUUAUAAUGACUACCCUAUAAAUACCGGCUAUACUGAUGAGGUAACAUUAUAAUGACUACCCUAUAAAUACCGGCUAUACUAAUGAGGUAACAUUAUAAUGACUACCCUAUAAAUACCGGCUAUACUGAUGAGGUAACAUUAGAGACGGAAAAUAAUGAACGAUGUGGAAGGUGCGUUCUACGACGCGCUAGCGGAGUAUAACUGACUUUCCACGGUGUUGCAUUAUUUUCCAGAGAACGCAUAGAGCCCUGAGUUGAUUAUCCCUUGUAUACCAUGGCUAUAAUUUAACACAUUUACCUCUAGAAAUGUGUUAAAAUGCCGGUAGAAAUAUGUUCAACAUCCACUGAAGUAGCUAGCAAGUUGACUAGAUAGCUACAGUAGUUGCCGUGGUAACCAAACAAACAGACUUGCUAGUUUAGCUACCAAAACCAUCAGUCCUAGCCAUAUACCUUUUUCAAUUCGACUUUUGCUUUCACAAGCAGCAAAAAAAAAAGAAGGAAAUAUUAACUAUAGCCAUUGAAUUCUACCGUGUAAAUAUACUGUGAGUUAUAGGGAAAUAAUGCACGCUCCAGAAUACCCUUCCCUUCAAGCCAAUCAGAAAGGAGUAUUCAACAAUGCCAUGGUAUAAUUAAGCAGAAAGGUACGAUGGGGGUGUGGUAUAUGGCCAAUAUACCACGGCUAAGGGCUGUUCUUACACACGACGAAACGCAGAGUGCCUGGAUACAGCCCUUAGCGGGGGUAUAUUGGCCAUAUACCACAAACCUCCAAGGUGCCUUAUUGCUAUUAUACACUGGUUACCAACGUAAUUAGAGAAGUAAAAAUAAAUGUUGUGUCUUACCCGUGGUAUGAUAUACCACGGCUGUCAGCCAAUCAGCAUUCAGGGCUCAAACCACCCAGUUUAUAAUACCUUAUAAAUACUUGCUAUGCUGAUGAGUGAGCUAGGGAGCAAUGGAAGUUAUGAGUUUACUAAAUGAAUGAAAAGUGACGAUCCAUUCAGACCAGCCUUACUGAUUGAACUUUCGUGACUACAUUAGUCUCAAAUUUCAGGAUAUUUUUUGUUCUGUGUGCUUAAAAAAAAAAUAAAAAUAAAAAACCGGCUAUACUGAUGAGGUAGGAAACAGCUGCGGCUAUACUGAUGAGGUAGGAAACAGCUGCUGGGUCGUUCCACUAAAUGAGUCCCUUUUGUGUAGUGUAAGUUGGUGAAAAAAAACUUAACUAUUCCAAGCACCACAAAGUCAUAUUUGGCAUAUCAAUUCUUCUUUUCAUUGUUGUGAUAGUUUCACAUCUCAUUUGUAGGUGUGAGUGUCGUGGCGUCAACUACUUCCAUAGCCUGGAUGGUUGUGGACUACCACCGAUCCCUGCGUUCCUUCCUCCCAGACAAGGCCAAGCAGGGCUGGGGCUCCGCCUUGGUCUACUUCCUGUGGAACCUGCUUCUCAUCGCCCCGCGCGUGGCAUCAGUCGCCCUCUUCGCCACAGUCCUGCCCUCCUACGUGGCCGCCCACUUCCUGCUUAUCUGGCCAGUGCUGGUGUUCUGGGUGUGGCGUCAGGAGACGGACUUCAUGGACAGCGCCAGCGGAGAAUGGCUCUACCGGGCCACCGUAGGUCUCAUCUGGUACUUCAGCUGGUUCAACGUGGCGGAGGGAGGGACCAGAGGGAGGAGCAUCAUCUAUCACUCCUUCAUGGCCACGGACGGCGGGAUCCUGCUGGUCACAUGGUGGUUCUACAGAGACCCGGUCCUGACGCAGUCCUACGCCCCCAUCCUGCUGGCCACUCUGCCCCUCACCUACCUGAUGGGAGUCCUGUUUAAAACCCUCUACUACUGCUGUUUUCACCCCACGCUGUGGAGGCCCCCCGUCAGGGAGGCAGUGGUAGGAGAGGAGCUGCCUGAUGGUCAGGAGGUGGUGUUCAGGACCGUCACCCCCGAGGCUAGUAGUCCCCAGUUCCAUAACAAGAGGAUGGCAAGCCAUGCCACUCACUUCUACUCCGAGGAGCAAACCAGGAAGCUCAGUAAGACGAACGGGCGCGAGGCCAACACUGUUGUCUGACUGGAUGUGCUUGAACUAGACUCUUAUUUACAUGCGAUUUAUGUUUUUCAUGCUGUAUUUUUUGUAUAAAUAAAGCGCUGCACAACUCAUUGUAAACCAGACUUUAUGUUACAAUUAGCAUAUUCUGGGAAACAGUGAUAAGCUCAGAGGUUUCGUCGCAAAUGGCACCUUAUU